UGCGCACGCGCUCGUGUGUACAGAAUACGUCACGUGUUAGCAAAGAGGACGAAAAGUUUGUUAAGUUGGAGACUGUUUGAAAGGGCGGCGAUCACAGAGAGAAAGUGUAAAGGUCAUGUCGUCCAUAAAAGUGGAGUGUGUGAUCAAAGAGAAGAAUGAAAUUGGUGAGAGUCCCGUCUGGGAGGAAACGGACUCAUCUUUGGUGUACGUUGAUAUUACGGGUCAGAGGGUCAGCCGGUGGAGCUCUCUCACUGGUCACAUAGAGAGUAUCACGACAGAGAAACCUGUAGGAUCUGUGGUUCUGCGGAAGGCUGGCGGUUACGUCAUUGCGGAGGGAACGCGCUUUGCGUUUGUUGACUGGGUCAAGCGCUCCAUAACAACAGCCGUUCAGCUGGACAAGGAAAAGCCUAACACUCGCUUCAAUGACGGAAAAGUCGAUCCAGCUGGAAGGUUCUUUGCGGGAACCAUGGGAAUGGAACUGCGUCCGGCCGUGGUGGAGAGGAAACAGGGCUCUCUGUACACGCUUCAUCCUGACCACUCUGUCGUUCAUCAUUUCAACCAGGUGGACAUCUCCAACGGUCUGGACUGGUCACUGGAUCACCGCGUCUUUUACUACAUCGACAGUCUGGGGUACAUUGUGGAGGCAUUUGACUACGACAUCCAGACUGGAGGCCUGUCUAACCGCAGAGCGGUUUACAAGGUAGAGCCGGAUGAAGGUAUACCAGACGGGAUGUGCAUAGACACAGAGGGCAAACUGUGGGUCGCCUGUUACAAUGGAGGAAGAGUUCUGCGCAUUGACCCACAAACAGGCACCCGACUGCAGACAGUGAACCUGCCAGUGGAGAAGACCACCUCAUGCUGUUUUGGUGGGAAAGAUUACAGUGAUCUGUACGUCACCACAGCGUAUAAAGGCAUGGAUGAAGAUGCACUGGCCAAACAGCCUGAGGCUGGCUGCAUGUUUAAGGUUUCUGGUUUAGGAGUGAAGGGCAUCCCAUCAUUCUCAUUUACUGGAUGAAAAUCAAUAAGAAAGUUGUGAUGUUUAAUAAACCAUCACAAUUUUUGCCGUAACAACAUUGAUUAUUUUCUAACUGUGCAAUAAUUUCUAUAAUUCACACUUAAGAUGGAAGAAAAUCCUCAUUUAAUGCUUUAGACAUUAGAAGAUAUUUGCCUAAAACUGCUUUAUCAGCAGUUUUCAAAGGGAAUUAUUGACAAAUCCACUUUUUAGAUGUGAUGUAUAAAUGUGUAGUUACUGUACACAUUACUAAUCCUGUUUACAUUAACCACAAUCUGUGAACUAAAGUAUUAAGAAAUGAUUUCCAGGGAUGAACUUGAUAGAGAUCAGUAUUCCACACAUGCAAUGUUUAUUAAUGAUCUCAAUGUGUUGCUGCUAAACAGAGAUAUUGAAGUGAGCUGAUCAGACACUGUUAUAAUGCCAAGUUUAUUCAUGAUGGUGCUAGAAAAUGAUAAUGAUGCUUACUAUAAUUACUGUUUUCCAUUUUUAAUGUCCGGUUGUAAUUUAUUUCUAAAUUAAACAGGAUAUUGUGUGGAAAAUGUAGACUGAGACAUUCCUUCAGGUAUUUGGAUUAUAAAAAGUGUGUUACAAACCCAAGAUUGAGGAAGACAGGGGUUAUAAGAUGAUAGAUGGCUUUCUGAAAUCUUGAAAAGAACAAAAUAAUUGUAUUAACAAAUAUUAAUUUGAAAUAACAUACAUAUAGUGCACAAUAAAACCAGGAAUUUGCAUAAGGUGAA